AAGCCCCCAGUUUGGAAGUUGCAGCUUCCAACGCGUUAAAGCAUUAAACUUUAAGCAUUGUUGUCAGUGGAGAAAGGCCUUCACUUUAUAUGGCAGUUUGUUUCAGAAUCACUCUUCCUUCUUCUUUCUUCGAUGGAAGACAGCAACAAGAGUAAAACAGGUGACAGCAUUUCUUGUGCCGGUAGCAAUAAGCCGAAGAAACCAGAUGUCCAUAAGAACGGUUAUAGUAAAGAUGUCAUGCCUGGGAGUGAACUUUGGACUGAGGGGCUUAUCUGUGCUUUUGAGUUCAUUCGGGGUCGAAAGAAAUCAAUUGGUUUGAAAUCUGGCUCAACAAUCCCAAGCAGACAACAUACAGAUGGUGGUGACCAUGAGAAGCUGCGGGUUCCUUCUAAAGGAGUUCAAGAGUCUUCUUUCCCAAUACAUGACAGGAACAAGUCCAUAAGUGGUGAUUACAAAUACAGCCCGACUCAUGAUGGUGAAAGAGUAACUGAUCACUGGGUGCCAAUUGGGUGGGUUAGAAUUUCAGAAAUCGUCCAAAAUGUGCAAGCUGAUGCCGGUUGGGAUCCUCAACAGUUUGGGAUUGAUGAUGAAGAUUUCACUGUUGCAGACUUAGCAGCUCCAUAUUGGGAGCGUCCAGUAGGGCCUGUCUGGUGGUGCCAUGUCUCUGCAAGUCAUCCUGCGGUUGAAGAUUGGCUCCGUAAUGCCCAGUGGCUACAUCCCGCUGUCAGUUUAGCUUUAAGAGAUGAAAGUCGACUGAUUAGUGAUAAAAUGAAACACCUAUUAUAUGAGGUCCCAGUUAGAGUUUCUGGGGGGUUGUUAUUUGAACUCUUGGGACAGUCAGUUGGUAAUCCAUUUGUUGAUGAGGAUGAUAUACCCGUUGUACUUCGUUCCUGGCAAGCACAAAACUUCCUUGUAACUGCUUUGCAUGUGAAAGGGCGUGUAUCAAAUAUAAAUGUGUUGGGCAUCACAGAAGUUCAGGAACUUCUUUCCACUGGAGGCUAUAAUGUACCAAAAACAGUGCAUGAAGUCAUAGCACAUCUAACUAGCCGCCUUACUCGAUGGGAUGAUAGGCUGUUCCGCAAAUCCAUAUUUGGUGCCGCAGAUGAGAUUGAAUUGAAGUUUAUGAACAGGAGAAACCAUGAAGAUUUGAAUCUAUUCAGCAUAAUUCUCAACCAAGAAAUCAGAAAGUUAUCGAGACAGGUCAUCAGAGUAAAGUGGUCACUUCAUGCAAGAGAGGAGAUUUUGUUUGAGCUUCUUGAACAUUUGAGAGGAAAUAUUACAAGAACCUUAUUAGAGAAAAUAAGAAAGAGCACAAGAGAAAUGAUUGAGGAGCAAGAAGCAGUUCGUGGCCGCUUAUUUACAAUUCAGGAUGUGAUGCAGAGCACUGUUCGUGCAUGGUUGCAGGACAGAAGCCUAAGAGUGACACAUAAUCUUGCUGUUUUUGGUGGUUGUGGCCUUGUGCUUUCCAUCAUCACCGGGCUUUUUGGAAUCAAUGUUGAUGGAAUGCCUGGAGCAAACAAUACACCAUAUGCAUUUGGCCUAUUUACAGGCAUACUCUUUUUUAUUGGAAUCGUGCUAAUUCUACUUGGGUUGCUUUACCUUGGGUUGAAAGAGCCUAUUGCCGAAGAGCAAGUCGAAGUUAGAAAAUUAGAGCUUCAAGAGUUGGUUCAGAUGUUUCAACACGAGGCAGAAACUCAUGCCCUGGUUCGUAAAAAUGUGUCUCGGAAUAAUUUACCGCCAACAUUGGGAGAUGCAUUCAGAGGUAACGCAAAUUAUAUCCUCAUCGAGUAGGUUACAGUGCCGAAAGCCUGGAAGUGCAUUUUGCACCAAGCUCUUGUCUUGAGAAUUUCUAGUUGAAAGGAAAUGUUGCAGGCUUCAUUUAGUGUAGUGGGGGCGUAUUGAGAAUGAUUCCUAGUGAUACGGUAACAAAAUAGAUGCAUAAUCGAAACUUGGUAUGUUGUUAAAUAGUCGUAUUUGUAAGUUUGAAUCUAAUGGAUUUGAGAUGUCAUUUUUCUGUUAGAUUUAACUUCUAACACUGUCCAAA